UGCAGAGCGACGCAGCCUUCGGUGCAGUCGUCACUCGCGUCUGGCUCCCAGCUCCCCGCUGCCCUGCGCACGGCGGGCUGGCAUCCGGCCCGGGGAAAGCGGAGCAGGAGUAAUGGAAUCCAAAGAGGAACGAGUGGUCAAAAAUAUCAACAUGGAAAAUGCCCAAAAGGCAAAUGAAGAACAGGAACAAGUUGCUAAUAAAGGGGAGCCUGUGACUCUUCCUCUGGAAGCUCGUGAACACUGUGUGCCUAGAGGAAACCGUAGGCGGUUCCGCGUUAGGCAGCCCAUCCUGCAGUAUAGAUGGGACUUGAUGCAUAGGCUGGGAGAGCCACAGGCAAGGAUGAGAGAAGAGAAUAUGGGGAGGUUUGGGGAGGAAGUGAGACAUCUGAUGGAAAAGCUCAGGGAAAAGCAGUUGAGUCAUAGUCUGCGGGCAGUUAGCCUUGACCCCCCUCACCAUGGCCAUCGUGAUGAGUUUUGCCUUAUGCCCUGAAUCCUGCUGUCUUCCUUUAAGUUAAUAGGGAGACCCCUGCUUCCUAAACUCACAUGUUUGUGAUAUACUCUUGUUGUAAACCUUUUGGUGUCACUCAUUAUUGUGGGUUUCCUAUUUCCAGCCUUUAACUGAGUGUCGUGUUUUUUGGUCCAGUUUGUAAGAAUUUCGUUUGCAGGGGAGUUUUACCUAUUGCAUGGAAAGAUGUUCAUUAUGUAUUGUGAAGUUAAUAAAGCAGUUUUAAAAAAGCAA